CCUAACUCCAUUGAAUUUAAAAAUUCUUAUUAUUCUAUUGUUUUGUUAAAAAAAAAUUCAUGGAGCAAAUGAAAAUUAGAUUUAGUAACUUAAUUUCUUUUUGGGAAAGGAAAGGAACAAGGGUAAGAUUAGCCCUGUUACAUGUUGGAUUUUUUUCACCUACAUGCCCCUUUUCAAGUUGUUUCAGAUAUGGUUUGUUCAAAUUAUCCUGAUGUUGGCUUCUUCUUGGUCACGGCCAAGAUGGUGGCCUAAAUACGACCAUAGCCACCAUUGCUUUCAAACCAUAAGGUUUUUGCUCAUAUAUGUGGGUAUGGUGAGAUUGGAAACCAAGGUUGGUCAUCUUGGGACGAGUUGCUGGAAUUGGGUUUUAGAUAUUAAGAGAAUAAUGGAUGAUUUAUACGAAUAUAGAGUAGUUUGGACAUUAGCGGGGGCAAUUCCGCGAUUAUGCUGUAGAAAGGUGGAAUCUUUAAGGUCUUGAAGUCAACAUUACAAGCUAACUUAUCACUGAUUUCUAAAUUGUAGGAUCCAGUUUUGGAAUUGCAUAUUAAUUUAUGCAUGUUUUUUUUCAUUUGUUUCUAGAUUACUUGAGGCUCUGAUGAAAAUUGGAAGCCAAGGCUAAAAGCUUGGAUAAAGAGGUGCUAACACUAAAAGUAAAGUAUAAUGCUAUACCAAGGAAAAUAUGGAAAGUACAUUGCUAAUUUUCUGGUAUCAAAGUCGUUGAACAUUAA